AUGCAGAGCAAUACGGUCCAGCCAAACGGCUGGGUGGCAUUGCGACUACCCAGUGACAAUGUCCGAGUCCUCCAAGUAACACCAAAUACCACGAUCUCGCUAGGCAAAUACGGCGCGUUCCCGAGCAACCUCAUUAUCGAGCGGCCGUUUCACCUCACGUACGAAGUACAAGACAAGCGUGAGGGCGAGAACUUCUCGCGGUUACGAGUCGUGCCCGGCAUCGAGCUCAAUGCCGACGUGCUGGCCGAGACGAGGGCAGAGGAGGCUGCCGCCAAUGGCGAGGACGUGAUUGUCCCUGCCGACGGCGAGGAGCUUGCGCUGGUGGAUGAGAGCGGCACUGUCAUUGCCCGAUCGAAUCGCGAAAUCAUCGACGACUCUGCGCGACAGACGCUCACUCCGGCCGAGAUCGAGGAACUCAAGCGCAACGGCACGGCAGCAGGCAAGGAGCUGAUUGCAAAGCUGAUGCUGUCGCACACGGCGCUCGACCAGAAGACGUCCUAUUCUCUGUCAAAGUAUAAGCUUCUUAAGGAACGCAAAUUUCUGCGGCGAUUCACAGUCUUGCCGCUCGACGUCCCGAUGCUCGCGUACUGGAUGCUCGAGGACAAGGACGCGAGCAAGAUCAUGGAGCUGCGACAGGAGACCAUGGCUCUAGUAGGAUGCUGGGCCGAUGUACACUUCGGGGGCUCGCCGGUCGAAGGGAUGAAGGAACCCCAUGGUGGACGGUGGCUGGCUAUCGACGACACUGGCGGCCUGCUGGUCGCUUCAAUGGCGGAAAGAAUGGGGAUUCUUUAUCCGCAGGCUGAAGAUGAUCAAGGCGAGCACGAUGACGCGCAGGCGGCGGAAUCUACUCAGGGCCCGGCAGCGCAGGAAGAUGGCAAUGGUGAUGGAGAACCCGCGGCUGCGCCUUCGUCUCCCAAAGCGCUGCGGAAUCCCCGCAAGCGGCCUCGCCGCGACGACCUCGACGACCACUACGCCCUCACCAACAACAUCACCCUCAUCCACUCCAACUCCCAACCUAAUCUCUCACUCCUUCGGUACUUUGACUAUGAUGCCAGCGACCCCAACCCGCCUUAUCCCUACCACCCACUCUUCACACAUCUGCUACCAGUAUCCUGGCUCCAGCUAGUCAAGCCCGAGGAGGAUGGCGCCUACUCCGACAAGCCGGCCGACGCCACACCAGAAGAGCUCGCCUCAUGGAAGACAAACCGCCGAGGCAAUUACCACCGUAAGCGACGGCGAUGGGCGCGUACGCGUCAAAUUGUUGAUACCGCUCGCGCUGGCGGCUUUUCUGGCCUCGCUGUGGCUAGCACUAUGGACCCAAUCUCUAUUCUGCGCCACGUACUACCACUUCUCGCUGGCGGGAGCCCGAUUGCCAUCUUCUCACCGUCCAUCGAGCCGCUCACCCAGCUGGCCGACUGCUUCAGCAUCGCGCGCCGCGCCGCCUGGAUACAGUCCCCGCCUGCAGGAACAGAGGGGAAGUCCGUCACCGAGUUGGAUACGUGGGAGGGCAGCGUUGAAUACCCUAUCAACCCGACGCUGGUGCUGGGUGCGAGCGUCCAAACUAGCAGAGCGAGGCGCUGGCAGGUGCUUCCAGGCAGGACGCACCCGAUGAUGACGGCAAGAGGCGGCGCCGAGGGCUACGUCUUUACGGGAUGGAGGGCGCUGCCGGCCGAAGGAAGGAUUUCUGCGCGAGGCAAAUUUCAGAAGAAGAGAACAGAGUGA